AUGGGCCGCGUGAAGCGCGAGGCCAGUGACGAUGCGGCGUCAGCAGCGCCGCGACGCGUCCGCGGCAAAGCACGCCAGGGCGGCGACGUAGCUACUUUGCUUCAGCAGCAUUCGAUUCCCGUUUAUGGCGUCGAGUCGACGCCAUGGCCUCAGCCUGGCCGAGCUCGCAUGGCAGAGAAGGCCGACGCGGGCGAGGCGGCGUGCCGGAGUGCGUUGGCCGAGAUAAGCGCAUCGCUGCAGUAUCCAAGCCGUACCCACCUCAUGCAAGUGGGAUGGGAGCCACCAAGCGUAGUAUGGCAGGCGCCAUGUACGUAUACCCCUACAGCACGACCGACCACUUCGUCCACGCCGCUCGCCCUCUCUGUGGAGACGCACGCGGGAAUGCACGCCGUGGCAUGGCAGCCGUACGAGGCCGUAUCACUAGCCGAUCCUGUGGAUGCACAGCGAAAGAUCCAUCUUCUCGAUACGGGCGGGCACGUCUACGAUGUGGCAUGGGCACCGCAGCCGGAUGUGGAGCAUGAUGAAUGGCUGAUGGUGGCCUGUGCGAAUGAGCGCAAUGCGCACGCGCCUGUCGAAGGCUCAUCAGCGCCACGGGGCAUGCUGCAGCUAUGGUCAUGCACACCAGCGACGCAGUCCAUGAGUUUAGCGUGCUCGCUGCACCUGCCCGACGCGACACCGCUACGAAUCGCAUGGCGGCCCGGGCCGCCGCAGCCAGGCACGCUAGGCACGCUAGCGAUAGCGACGAUGCAAGGGCCCUUGUACGUCGUUGAUGUGCCGGCCACAUUCGAAGCGGCGUCCAUGGCAUUGCAUCCCAGCAUGACACUGCACGUCCCCACCACAUCAUGCUGCAGUCUUGCCUGGGGCGGCCCAGCACGUCUGGCGGCCGGGUGUACGAAUGGCCACUUGGCUGUAUGGGAUCUGGACGUAUCCACACAGCCGCUCUUUGAUGCGCUGGUGCACGACACUGUCAUUAGUGCGGUGAGUUGGCAAGCCUUGCCGUCGGUGGAUGAGCCGUCGGCCCGGCCACAUAUUCUCUUCUCUGUGGGCUGGGAUGGGUCAGAGUACGUCACGGAUCUGUAUGAGCCCUAUGCAGCGCUUCGGCUAGCGCACAGUCGUGAGCCUAGGUACGCUACCACAUGGAUGCCAUGGUGCGGCGCAUGGGCUCUUGAUAUGGGCGACGGGCAGUUUGGAAGUACGUCGUUGCGUGUGCAUGAUAUUGGGCACCAUCAUGCGCUAGGGUUCCAUUAUGGGCGUGUCAUGUGCAUGGCCGCCUCGUCGUUUCAUCCGUACCUGGCUACAGGAUCGGCGGAUGGGAGUGUCAAAGUGAGUCAGGCCUUGUCCAUGGCCAAACGCAAGGCGGUGGACGAAGGGAGUAGGUUUAUGCUGCCGCGAUUCCGAUUGGUGCACGAGGCGCCCGCUACGUAUGUGAUGCGGCAUGGCUACAUGCCCGAAGGUCUCUUGCCCUCGUCCGCCGCGAAAAAGUCGACGUUGUGGCACGUCGAUCGUUGGGAUCCCUCUGUGUGCAUCACCAGCGUAGCAUGGAGCCCCAAUGCCGGGCGGGCGUUGCUCCUGGCCAGUGGAUCUGCGCACGGCAUCGUGCGUGUAGAGUGGGUCGAGCAGCGUAGCUAA